UCUCUUCUGCACAGAAGCCAGAAUGGAAGCAUCGAAAUCGGAGAUUCAAGCCUGGGAGUACAACAGCACCGACGAAAACGAAAAGCUUGCUCACAAGUAUCAUCCAAACCGCGCCAUCCCUCUCUCUCAUGUGCAUGGCCUGGGAAUUCUCACCUGGAAGCUAGAUGUUGAUAAUUGGGAGUCCGACACCGAGCUGAAGAACAUAAGGAGCGACCGCGGCUACAAAUACUCCGUACGUAGCCACGCCGCCAUCGUUCUCUACUUGCUUUUUCCUUUCGAUCCAUCAAUGUUUGACAAUCUCGUUGCAGGAAGUCAUAACGGUUUCUCGAGAAGCGAUGGUCGACUUCGACGCCAGAGUGAAAGGUUUCUUCAAGGAACACAUGCACUCCCAGGAGGAGAGCCGUCUCAUUCUCGAUGGCAGCGGAUACUGGGAUAUCAGAGAUUACGACGACAAAUGGAUCCGCUUUUACGUCCAGAAAGGCGACCUCGUUGUUCUCCCUCCCGGCAUGUACCACAGGUUCACUCUGGACACAAACGAUUACAUCAAGGCACUGCUGCUGUUCACGGAAAAUCCUGUAAGAACACAGCACCAGCGAUCAGACGACAGUGCAGCCAGGAAGCUGUACGUUGAAAAGUAUCUACUGCAACAGCGAGUCAAGGCACAGUGAUCGACGUGUGAGAGUCGACCCGGCCAUUUUCCUGCUAUGUACUAUAGUAAAGUUGCGCUGAUAUUUUCUUUCCCUGCCCCUUUGUUUUUCUCCCGAGAGUGUGUUUAACACGGGGAGCUUGCGAAUAGAUGUGAGAAAUCUAUCCUCUCGUCCCUAUAAUGUAUACCUUCCAAUCAUAUAAAUAUCUUACUACCACUUGCAAA